AUGAAGAUGCAGAAGUUGCUUCUUCUACCCACUGUCUCCUCGGCCACGUCGACGGGCUUCCCUACAGCCACGAUAUCAUCAGGUCAGAUCCAAGGUAUCCCGACGAGUCGCCCAAACGCGAUAACUCCAGUAAAUAAGUUUCUCGGAGUUCCCUAUGCCACUAUACCUGAGCGAUUCUCCUUACCUCACCCGCCGAAGCCAUGGAUAGACACUUUCAAGGCCACGGCAUUCGGGCCAGCAUGUCUCCAAAAUUUUGGCAUUAACGAGCUCGGCCCGAGACUUGAAGUCCUCCAAGAUCUCUUCAACACCCCAGCACCGCCUGAGAGCGAAGAUUGCUUGAGCGUCAAUAUCUUUGCUCCCGCAACAACUCGAUUGCCGGGCGACGGACUUGCGGUGGUGGUCUUCAUCCCUGGCGGCGGAUGGCAACUGGGCCACGGCAGACUCGAUCUUUCUGUUUUUGCGGCAUAUGAAAACAUCAUCGCCGUAACUCUCAACUACCGCACAAAUGUCUUUGGCUUCCCUGCUUCGCCUGAGAUCCCACUGCCCGAACAAAACCUGGGUUUACACGACCAGCGUCUCGCUCUCACUUGGGUACAAGAAAAUAUCGCCGCCUUUGGAGGUGAUCCAUCCAAGGUGACAAUCUGGGGCCAGUCCGCGGGCGCCUUUUCGGUAGACCACCACCUCAAAGCCUACGCCAACAACGCGCUGGUCCCAUUUCGAGCUGCAAUCAUGUCCAGCGGUCAGAUGAGUUUUGGACAUCUCGCCCAUUCAUCGCCCGGAAUCGAUGCCUGGACGGGGCUUUCGCGUUUAGUCGGAUGUGUCAACGCGACAGAUGAAUUGAGAUGUAUGAGGGCCGUUCCAGCGGAGAAUCUAAUCAGCGCCAUGCGAAAGUUUCGCAUCACUUUCGGACCACAAUUCGACAACGUGACGACCCUCAGCAAGCCAAGUGUCCUCUGGAGAAACGGGAAUGUUGUCAGAGUUCCUCUUCUGAUGGGUACAGUAGAGGAAGAAGGGCGUGGGCUGGUCAACGACAAAGUCAACAUGACGGCCUUCUUCAAUGCAUAUCUUCCGCCGGCUUUGAUAUCACCCGAAGACCUGGAGACGAUUGUCUCCUUGUAUCGCUCCGAUACCCGAGUCAAGAAUGAUUUUGAUCUUGCUUCGGCCAUUUACACUGAUUUGCUCUGGUCUUGUCCUCAAUCCAUCCUUGCCUCGACAGCAGCCUCGAAUGAUAUUUCUACUUGGCGCUAUCACUUCAAUACUUCCAUCCUCAAUCUCUUACCUAAAGAGUACGACUGGCUAGGCAAGUUUCACGGCUCGGAGAUUAUCCUUCUCUUCACCGAUCCAGAUACCACACCUUACACCCCUCAGACAUAUGCGGCGUAUGAAUACUUGAGGGGCGUCGUUGCGCGCUUUGUGAAGAAUCCUUCCGUAGGUCCUGGGUGGCCGGCCGUGGGUUCGUCAUAUGCUCCACUCGACGUUGCGGUUUUGGGGGAUGUGGGUGAUACCUCGAGCGCCAUGACGGUGUCGAAUUCUACAGCCAUGAAUGAGAGGUGCAAGCUUUUCAACACGAUAUGGCCCAAACUCGAGGCUAUACAACGCUAUGCUCACUCUCAUGGGCAUCGAUGA